GCUGCGAGGUUUCCUGUGUCUGUGUUUCUGGGCCUUCAAUUACGGCACCCGCAGACUUCUGGGUUCCCAGCCUCCAACGACUGAACUCCAGCCGCUCCGCGGUCGCGCACGUCCUCUUUCCCCGUCUCAGCCGCCGAACCCGGCUGCUCGGUCCUUCGCUUGUCGCAGCCCUCACCCCGGCGCCAUGGCUCCCAGGAAGGGCUGCAGCCGCCGCUCCAAGACCAACGCGCUGCGGAGCCGCAAGCUCGCCUCCUUCCUGAAGGACUUCGACCGCGAAGUGCUAGUUCGAACCAAGCAAAUCGAGUCCGACAGACAGAACCUCCUCAAGGAGGUGGAAAACUUAUACAACAUCGAGAUCCUUCGGCUCCCCAAGGCUCUGCGCGAGAUGAACUGGCUCGACUACUUUGCCCUUGGAGGAAACAAACAGGCCCUGGAAGAGGCAGCAACAACUGAUGUAGACAUCACAGAAAUAAACAAGUUAACAGCUGAAGCUAUUAAGACACCUUUGAAAUCUGUCAAAAAGCGGAAGGUGAUCCGGGUGGAUGAAGUGAUAGUGGAGGAAGAAGAAGAAGAAGAAGAAAGCCAAAAGAAUCUUCGGUCUGCAAGAGUCAAAAGAUGCCCUCCAUCUAAGAAGAGAACUCAGUCCACACAAAGAAGGAGCAAAAGGUUAAGCCAUGAUUUUGUGACGCCAGCUAUGAGCAGGCUGGAGCCAUCUUUGGUGAAACCAACCCCAGGCAUGACACCUAGGUUUGAUUCCAGGGUUUUCAAGACCCCAGGCCUGCGCACUCCAGCAGCCAGGGAGCAGAUUUACAACAUCUCCAUCAACGGCAGCCCUCUCGCUGACAGCAAAGAGAUCUCCCUCACCGUGCCUGUGGGGGGUGGUGCAAGCUUGCGGUUAUUGGCCAGUGACUUGCAGAGGGUUGAUAUUGCUCAGCUGAAUCCAGAGGCCCUAGGGAACAUUAAGAAGCUCUCGACCCGCCUUGCCCAGAUCUGCAGCAGCAUACGGACCGGCAAAUGAGAAGAUGCCAGAGCAGCACAGGUGGCAGCAGGAUUGUGGUGGUAGAACACGCACAUCUGUCCUCUUCCCCUCAUCCUAUGGGGUGCUGGAUGUCGGGUUUCACCUGCUGACCGUGGAGUGGUGCUUUCUGUCUAUCUCUGUUUAUCAAAGGCCAUGUGUUGGUUUGACAGCUCCAUGUCUUGCUGCACACCUCUACUUGGAUAGGGAACACAAGCCUAGUUGAAGGCUUGGUGUGCCUGGUGCGGAGUGGCUGAGCCGUCUGUGGUUCAUGGUCCCACCAAGUCUGUAGACUGGUUGGAGCAUUGUCCUGGAGCGCUUACCUGAGGGCCUGUGUGCCUUGUGCCCAGGGCGGGGCAGACCAUGCAGAGCAGCGGGUCCUGUGCUCCCUGCCAGUGCAGGUGCCCAGCGCUCUCUGUUAGUCUGUUGCUAAUUCAGCCGUCUAUAGGCGGAGGUGUUUCAAGUUUUCUCUUCUACUGCUGGGGCUCUUGUACAUGUUGUUUCUGAGCAGUGGCAUUUCAGCUGAUUUGUCCUACUGAGAGAUUGCUGUU